AUGCAAUUUUUCCCAAUUUCAUUAUUUUUGUUGCUCAUUUUUGUGGGUGGAGCCUACGGUUUGCACUGUAUACAAUGUGGAAAUACGGAUAAUUGGUAUUCGGAAAAAGAGCAAGCAAAGUGAGUCAGGGAAGCUAUUUUUGACGGCACAAAAAAAAUGCUCAAUUUUUCAGACGAAGUUCAGAAUGUAAUUCUGGAAUGAUUCAACCAACUCUUUGCGCUAAUUCUUCUCACACAGUUUGUAUUGUUGAUUGGUAUAGUAAUGGUGGAAAUGGUGAGCUUUGUUGCAUUUUUGAAAAAUUGAAAGAACACCAUUGAUGAAAUACGACAAAAGAUGAAUUAAGGAUUUUUUGAAACGUAAAUUUUCUUUGACAAAAAAUUUUGUUAAAAAAUCCACUGUUUCAAAAUUGUCUAAUUAUUUCAGAAAUUUGUAUCAGAAACAUUAACAACUUAAUAAUUUCUAAAUAAAUUGAACCUUACGGGAUUUUAAUGAGAUUGAAAGAGCAACAUUAUAAAAUCUAAAAAAAAACCAGUUCAUGGAAUUUUUAGUGCAAGCAAAAUUCUCAUCAAACUUCGAUUCAAAAACAAUAUUUUGCAAAUGUAAUCCAUGAAAAAAUCGCUGUUACAAAAUUUCAGCAUAAACUUUUUUUCAUUAUAAAAAAAACUAAGAAAAAAAUUCACUGUUUUAAAUUUUGUGUAUAAUUUUGAAGCAAUUUCAAAUUUAUUACACUCUUUGAUCAUACCAAAAAUUUUUUUAAUUCAGUUUUUUUUCAAUAUAAAUCCACUGUUUCACUCCAAAUUUCCCCUGCAAGUCGGAAAACCUUUUCAUCCACCCGAAAAAAUUGCGCCAAAAAAUCCCGAACCAAAUUAAUUAGAUCCGCUCCGAUCUCUUUUCCUAACUAAAUAUUUCUAUUGUUCUCAAAAACCAAACAAUAUUAAACAUAUAUCCUUCGGUCUAAUUAUAAUUAUAAUAAUUAUUUGUUUUUUUGUUGUUGCAGGACGUGUUGUUACAAAAAGACAUUGCGGCAUGGAAACUGAUGUAAAAGGAUGCACGCUAUACAAUUCGAAAAUCACAAAAAAAGUGAGAGGGGUUUGGGUUUCUAGGCCACCAAAAAUUCAAAUUCAAAAUUUUCAGCACCGCCGCCACAUCAUCACCCGCGAUACCACAGCCACCAAUACACCAGCUCAUCGCCAAGAAUCUAUUCAUACUUAUGUCGAGGUACGGUAGUUUUGCACUACAGUAACCCUAGUAAAACUACAAUAAUUAUUUUUCUACUCUUAGAAGGAUUGACAGAAUCGAAAAAAAAGUUUUUCAAAAAUUAGGAAACAUUUUAAAACAGUAUAUUUUUUUGAACAUUUUUUUCGCGUAAAAAAUUUUUCUAGCUUUUCAGAAAAUAACUAGAGUACAGUAAUCCUUUCGAAAAACUACAGUACCCCUACAAUAAUCUCCAUUUUUGCAGGUCUGCAGCGGUGCGUGUCCAUUAGGAGAUUGUGGAACAAAUUCGGCAACAUAUAAAAAUUUUCAAAAUAUCUUCGGAUUUUCUCUGAUUCUCCUCAUUCUUCACACUCUCUCCUACUAG